ACUCGGCGCCCUCCGGCGCGCGGUGAGCACCUACCACCGGCCGGGCAGCCAGGGGAGAGGCCGCGGCCCCUUGCCCCUGCCGGCGGGCUGUGAGCCGGUACUCCGGGCGCCUUGGCCUGGCGCUAAAUUUAAAAACGUAACACGAGCAGUAGGCUGGUCCCAGAAAGGAAACGAAACUCGUCCUGUGGGCCGCCUCCCGGGCUCUGCCGGUCCCUUAGCGCGCCGCGCCACCCGGAAUAGACCCUUCUCCCGCCAUUUUCGCGCGGCUCGGAGGCUGAGGCCUGCGGCUGCCCGGCCUGCGGCGCCGCGUGUGCCCCGGAGAGGCGGGCGGUAUGGCCGCGGGCGUGGACUGCGGGGACGGGGUUCGUGCCCGGCAGCUCGUGUUCCUGCUUCCAGAAUAUUUAAAAGAUGCUUCAAAGAAGAUGAAGCGUGGCCUUAUGUUUGUGAAAUUGGUUAACCCAUGUUCGGGGGAAGGAGCCAUUUACUUGUUCGAUAUGUGUCUACAACAGCUGUUUGAAAUAAAAGUUUUCAAGGAAAAACACCAUUCUUGGUUCAUAAAUCAAUCGGUUCAAUCAGGAGGUCUUCUCCACUUUGCCACACCCAUGGACCCUCUGUUUCUGCUUCUCCACUACCUCGUGAAAGCUGAUAAGGAGGGAAAGUUUCAACCCCUAGAUCAAGUUGUGGUAGAUGAUGUCUUUCCGAAUUGCAUUUUGCUGCUGAAACUUCCUGAACUUGAGAAGUUACUUCACCACGUGACAGAGGAAAAAGAAAUAGACAACAAGAAAUAUUACAAGUACAGCAAAGAGAAGACAUUAAAGUGGCUGGAAAAAAAGGUUAAGCAAACUAUGGCAGCAUUAAAAACCAAUCAUAUAAAUGUCGGUGCCCGGGUACAGUCAACUGCAUUUUUCUCUGGUGAUCAAGUUUCCAGUGACAAGGAAGAGGAUUAUAUUCGUUAUGCCCAUGGUCUGAUAUCUGAUUACAUCCCUAAAGAAUUAAGUGAUGACUUAUCUAAAUACUUAAAGCUUCCAGAGCCUCCAGCGUCAUUGCCAAAUCCUCCAUCAAAGAUGGCAGCACAAAGACGGAAAAGGGACAAGUGACGGUGGCUCCUUCCAAGCCCUGGCUGCGUCCCCUGCAACUUCAGAUGUGCCCAAAGGGCUCUGACUUUUUCUUCUACGCUUUCCAGAAAAAUCACCAAGUGCCAAAAGGUUUACUUUAAAGCGCUAACCGUGAACGCUCUAUUGCUUUGAUCAAUACCACCAGUCUAUGUGGGCAGCAACAUUUCUCCCUGGAGCCCUUGGCAAGGCGGUACUGUCCGGAGCUGGAAAGCACCACAGAGAGUGCCUCUGCCCACAGUCGGAGGAGCUCCAGCCACAUCUCCUUC